GAGAUCACAUGCUAAUGAUCCAAGAUGGCCGCCAGGAAGAAACAGAAAUAGAAUCACAUAUCUUAGAAAUCUAGUAUUGGACUUCCCUUAGAGCAGUCACAGAUGGGCCCAGAGCCGCGGCAUGGCCAGUAAAGAGACUUUAGGGCGUGUGAGGCACAUGAAACUCUCAACACAACAGCAUCGUUUGAGGCAUCUUCGGAGUAUCUCAGCCCGGAAUAUAGUGAUCAAAUUGCCUAUCCAUGGUGAUUCUCUGGUUGACUCUUUACUGGAAACCUAUUUCACUUUACACACAGAUUCAAACUCAAAAGCCAUCUACACAAGUGAGAGGAUACCAAAUUCUCUGAAUCCUACAUGGAGUAGCUUUGAGCCAACCACGCUUGGACAGAACCUAGAGACUGCAACUUCAUCUUUUGUUGUGAGGGUAUGGGGUGGCCAAGGGGGAAGGUUUUAUCUCUUGAUUGAAUGGAGUGUGGACCUCUCUGGCUUGAAAUAUCUCGGUGAACAGAUAAGGACGUCCCAUCACAAGCCGAACACUCUUCUCUUUGGGCUAGUAGAUGGGUAUUAUGGUGCAAACCCUGACAAUGAUGUGCCAAGUUACGCCCCUGGGCUAGCUGCCGGUAAAGAUGUCAUUAAAGUGGAUACAGACCAGGUUGUCGAAACUUACAACAGAUCAUCUCUUCUGAGAUUAUGUACUCUACAAAAAGCAAUCCGGCAAACAGAAAUCUCCGUGCUGAAUGUCCGGCAGAUGAUAGAAGACAAACUCCAGACAACAGAGAAAUCCCUACAGCAGAUGGCUGAACGGGAAAGCCUGAAACUUAGAGUCAAGUUGUUGAGAGAAGAACUUAUUCACAAGCAUGCAACAAUCCAUAAAGAACGUGAAGAGGAGAGAAAAUAUUUGGAAAGAGUUAGAAAACGAGAGCGUGGAUUGGAAAGAAAACAAGCAGAGUUAAAUGGUCUGAGAAAUUCUCUUCAGCAACACAAGAAAGACCAUGUUGACAAACGAGAGAACUUAGUAAAGUUGAAGGCCCAACUAAACAUCAGAAGAAGGCAGCUGGCAUCCGAGCUUACGCACAUCUAUCCUAUCAUAGAGCUUCCUUCAAAAGAGAUGCUGAUAUGCAGUGUACGGCUAGCAAACUCUGAGUCCGAGGAGUUUUAUGCAACCGAUGACGAGACCUUAUCGUGUUCCCUUGGCUAUGCCUGCCAUUUGGUGCACAUGAUCAGCAAGGUGCUUGAGCUCCCUCUGCGCUACACCAUGCACCCGAUGGGCUCUCGCUCGACCAUCAUGGACUUCACCAUCGACAAGGUCGCCGACAGGGACAAGGAGUUUCCACUUCACACGAAAGGGAAAGAGAAGAUUCACUUCUUCUACGGUGUGUUCCUGUUGAACAAGAACAUCGCUCAGCUUCGCCAGUGCUGUGGGCUGGGGACACCGAAUCUCAGAAACACGUUGCCAAAUAUCAAAGAACUUCUUGCUACAAAAUUCCGUGCAAGUGCCGACCCGACCUCCAUGACAACGCGUCCUUCAUCAUUGAAAUCAGGAUCAUUGACGUCUUCCAACGACUCCAAGAUCCACCCAUCAGAGAAUGACGUCAUCACGUCAAACAAGCGCACUGUUAUUAAACCGACACCAACGGAAAGCGUGGUUACUAAGCCAAUACCUGCAGAAGGCGCGGUUACUAAACAAACAUCCACAGAAAGCGCGGUUACUCAGCCAGAACCAACAGAGAGCACGGUUACUAAACAAAUAACAACAGAAAGCGUGGUUACCAAACAAACGCCUAUAGAAAGUGCGGUUACUAUGCCAGCACCAACAGAAAGCGUGGUUACUAUGCCAGCACCAACAGAAAGCGUGGUUACUAUGCCAGCACCAACAGAAAGCGUGGUUACUACAGCGACACCAACAGAAAUCGCGGUUACCAAACCACUUUUGCCCCCUAAACCGUCUGGACUUGUCUCACCUCCGCACGCGAGCACAAAGUCUGGCUCGUUUUGCUCUGUGGACGGAAAUGAGAGCGCGAAUGCGGAACAAAGUCACCCGGGAAAGGUUCGGGGCGGUAGCAAGCCGCCGUUGCCUCCCAAACCGCAGGAUUUGCAUCCAGGGAGCAAAGAAGGCUCGCCCGUAAAAGUGCGGACUUCAUCUUUUGAAGACAAUGUUGGGAAUGUCAGAAGCGACGCAAAACACAAGGAUAGUAUGAAUAGUAAGGAACAACUCAGACAAAAUUUCCCGCAGGCUGGGACUCAAGAUGACUUUGAAAUCAUAGAUGACAGUGAAAAACUUCGUAUUCCGUCAAAAGACGGAGAACUUAAAGCCCCAUCGCAAGGAGCUCCGCAUAAAUUUUUAGGAAAAUUCUCGAGAAAGUCUGGAAAGACUGGUUCGGCUCCAGUCCCCAGCGGUGGCCCCAAGCCCGAUGGACAUAGACCGAGUGCGACUAUAACCAGCAGGGAUAUACGGGGCUUCCCUGUGGAGGUGCUUAGGAGGAUGGCUGCCACAGGGCACGUGACGAGCAAGGACGACACUGCGGGUUCCACGAUGGCAAACAGUUCUGAACAACGUCAUACGCGGAGCUCUUCUCAGCCCCCCACAGCGUGCGUUGCUGGCGACGUACAAGAGACCACAGGCAACCCACAGUCUCCUUGCGACCAAGCAGAACAUUACACUACAAAUACAAAUAUGGACGAGAACUCUGAACAAUUUGAUAUACCUAGUAAUGGCGAGAUAGAUUUACGAUAACACAUUUAGGUAGUACAGGGUUGAGAAAUGGAAUCACUUCCUUGGGGUAUUCUACUUUUGCUUUGAAUUUGUGUUCUCUCACUAUGUACUAUAUAAUGAAUUUCAACAGGUUUUUAUGAAAAUGAAAGUGAUGAUAUGUAAAUCGGCUGAUAUCAUAUUGUGGUUAUAAAAUUUUUAAAAAAAUGAAGAGAAAUUA